AUGAGGCCACUGGUAGAUGCUGGACUUCUCCCAGCCGAGACUGGCUUGGUGGUACAUGCUGUGAGCGGAUACUCCGGUGGUGGAAAGGGCCUGAUCAAAACCUACGAAGAGGAAGAUCAUGAGCCCUGGGGAGCGUACGGCUUCGCCUUGAAUCACAAGCAUCUACCCGAGAUGGCUAAGUGGACAGGCUUGCAGGAGGAACCCAUCUUCUGCCCUGCUGUUGGGGACUUCAAACAAGGGAUGGUAGUGUCCGUACCCCUGCGCUUCUCUCAGCUCCGGGCAGGAGCUACAGCCGCAGACGUUCAUGCAGCCAUGGUUGCACACUACGACGGGAAGCAGUUCGUGUCUGUGAAACCGUUGAACGACAAGGAGGGCAUGAUGAAGCAUGUUAGCCACCAGACGAAUGUGGCCGAAUCGCAGGUAGAGAAAUUCGUUUGCAUGAUGAUCUGCUCCCCGCGGACAUUCGCUCCGACGGAGACAAAGCCAGUGCCUGCGAGAGGGGCAGCACCUGCACGAUGGGCCCUUGCAGCAUCUUGUGUGGCCAUGAAGACCUGUCAGAUGGCGCUCGGUGCCUCUGCGUUGCUUUUGCCGCGCCGCCUGGUGCGGCGCAGAGCAGUGGUGGAGGGCGACGUCCACACAGUGGCUGUGAAAAAGUGGCUGGAUUCCAUGAUCAUCGGCAUGAGCUUCUGCCCAUGGGCCGGACCUGCCAGCGAGGCAAACGGAAUUCGCAUCGCCACGAGCAUGGCAAACUCUCCCGCGGCUGCAUUAGAAGAUCUGAAAGCAGAAGCGGCAAGGCUGCAAGGAGCUCGGGAUUCAACGGUGACCACCCUUCUUGUAUGUCCUUGCGUGGAGCCUUGGGAAGACUUCGCGAACUUCAACGACUUCCGAGAGACCGAACUGCAGAAUGGGGAGGCCUUGGUGGAGGAAUUCGGUUGCAAGGUGGUAUGCUUCCACCCCCACUCGCAGGCUUCUGACAGCUAUGGCCUGCAAGAGGGUGAUGACAUCGUGAUUCGCGCAGGGGAUGGUGAGCAGCUCUGUGGAACAGUUCUGGGCAUCAUGCCCGAAGGAGAGGACGGUGCCAGCAACUUGAAGGUUCAGUUCUACGGCAAAGUUGAUGAAGGUGAUGCGGAAAACGGCGAGUUCGGCAUGCAGCCCUUCUCGGAUGCUGCAGAUCGCGUUGAGACCGUUCCAGAACAAAGUGUGCUUCAGCUGAUUGGACGCGAAGCUCUACAGGACGAGGAUGCUUGCCGAAGCAUUUUGGGCCGCGCGCCUCGAAUCGUUCUGCAUCUUCUCCGUGCUGCAGAUCUGGAGGCGGUCGACAACCAGAAGGCCUUUGAAACUCUGGAGCGAAAUGAAGAGGUUGUUGAAGCAAUGGGUGAGGAAGAAUUUGAUCGGCGUGUGCAGGAGUGCGGUUAG